AAAAAAAAACAUAAAACAAAAAAAAACGUUUAAAUUACAAAAAGAAAAAAAAAAUACAAUAAUGUCAACAUCACAUAUCGCUAUCCUUUGUAUCAUCGUGAUCUCCCAUUUUCCUCUACAUGAGAGUGCGGACCCACCCACAGGGAGUCUUGAUCCAUCAUUUUGCUUACCACUAAAUUGCGCCCUUAACAGAGGAGGCCGAUGUUCUUGCUGUAGCGGAAUGCCUAAGAAAUGUUAUGCUACAAACCAAGAAUGUGCGGCUGCCUGCAAGCGUCCACCUCCACCUUCUAAAAGGUCUUAAAGAAACCUGAAGAUCACUAAUAUAUAAUAGAUUAUAUCCCUAAUAUUUACCUAUGAUUUCUCAUAUAAUAGAAUAAUACAAAUUGAUGGACACAUACAGUUAUGUUUACAAUAAUUGUGUAUGUUAUAAAUAAAAAGUCUAUAAUGAAAGUCUAUGUAAUG